AUGGCGCGAACAGUCACUCCGGAACAACUGAAGAAUGGCUACAAGUUAGCCUUCUCACCAGUAUACAGAAUCGAUCCAUGGACAGUGGUCAAGACGCAUACUCGCAUGGCAGAAGCUGAGACGAUGAGGUUCAUCCGUGCUAACACCUCAAUUCCUGUUCCAGAAGUUCAGAAUGCAUACCGCGACGAUACAACGGGCCAUAUCGUUCUUAUUAUGGAUUAUGUGGAAGGGAAAAUGCUCAAAGAUGCGUGGCCUGCCUAUUCUGAAGCGGAACGAGAAUCGGUCAUCUCUCAGCUUCGUGGCUACAUGGCCCAGCUUCGCGGCUUCAAGGGUGACUUUAUUGGGUGCAUCGACGGUACAGCAUGCAACGACCAGUAUUUCUGUGAAGACCCAGAAGGGUAUGGACCGUACAAGACCGAGCAAGACUUCAACCAGGGCAUUGUGAAAGCGAUGAAGAGGGACAACGAGAAUGGAUUUACCGAAUGGAGAUGCACCGUCUGGCUAAGCGUCAUGAAAGAUCAUGAUAUUGUCCUCACGCAUGGUGACUUUGACCCCCGCAACAUUCUUGUUCAAGGUGAUAAGGUUGUGGCUAUCUUGGAUUGGGAGAUGUCGGGUUACUAUCCCACUUACUGGGAAUAUGGAAAGGCUUUGUUACGGCCGGAGUGGGAGAGUGCGUGGAGCCGUAGCAAGGCUGUGGACAAAAUUCUGGAACCGUUUCACAAUGAGCUCGCAGUCAUGUGGUCUUCAAAUGAUGUUCUGUACUGA